UUACUUUUCCCAUCCACCCACAACCAUGCUACCACUACUCCUCCUUAUCAAUAUCAUCACUUUCAUUCUCUUCCACCCUCACACCUCUGCUGCUGCAGCGGGGCUCUGUCAUCCCAACGACAGAGCCGCGCUGACAGCAUUCAAAAACAGCUUCACAAACCCCAACCCAUUCCCCACGUGGGACCCCGUCUUCGACUGCUGCGACUGGUACGGCGUCAAAUGCAACGACACCACCAGCCGCGUCAUCAGCCUCGACAUAGCACCCCACGACUCCCUCGCGGGCACCAUCCCCUCGUCCCUCGCCAACCUAACGCACCUCCAAAAUCUCCGCCUCCACAAGAUCCCCAACCUCAUAGGCCAAAUCCCACCCUCACUCACAAAAAUACCUAAACUAAGAUUCCUUGUAAUAAGCUGGACAAACAUCUCAGGACCAAUCCCACAUUUUCUUUCCCAAAUCAAGAAUCUAGCAUACCUAGACCUCUCCUUCAACCGCCUCUCCGGCACAAUCCCUCCUUCUAUCCCAACUCUUCCGUUCCUCUUCGCAAUUGAUUUAAGUCGAAACCAGCUCACCGGCCCCAUCCCAGAAACGUUCGGACACUUCCAAAAAACCGCGGGAUUCCCUGCACUCGACCUCUCUCACAACAAACUUUCCGGGGCGCUUCCAUCUUCUUUGUCCAACGUACUCUUCUCGUCGGUAGAUGUCUCAAGAAACAAUCUGUCUGGCGAUGCGUCUGUGUUCUUCGGGAAGGACAAGGCCGCGAGCAGCAUUGACAUAUCGAGGAAUGGGUUCGAGUUUGAUCUGUCGAAGGUGAGCUUCAUGGUGUCGCUUGAUGUGUUGGACAUAUCGCAUAACAGGAUUUAUGGAGAGAUUCCGAAGCAGAUUACGGAGGCUGUUUACUUGCAGUUUUUGAAUGUUAGUUAUAACAGAUUGUGUGGGGAGAUUCCGACGGGGUGGAAGUUGAGGUAUAGAUCUGAGCCUUGGGAGAAUUCAUCGUUUCUGCAUAAUCGCUGCCUUUGUGGGAUUCCUUUGAAUCCAUGCAAUUGAUUUUCAAUUUCACUUCUAAUUAAUGACUUAUGAAUAAGCUUUCUUUCUGCAUUUCAAAGAUUUUCAGUUUAUGAUCAUAAUCUUUAAAUUAAAUGCAAACACUUCAAGUUUCAAGGCAUCCUUACUGGCUCACGUUAAGUAGGACAUUUUUUAUCAUUAAUAAUGUAGGAGGGUGAAAAAUGUUGAGUAUUUUUUUUGCCGGAUAAAUAUGAUGUUGAGUUGGCUAGCACUGUUAUUUUUUGGUAAAGUGAAUUAAUAGUGGCACAAACAUGUAGUACUAUUAUAUGACGAUGUGGACAAUUUGCUUUUUCUUACUUCU